UACUACUGUUAUGAUUCUGUGACGUCACUGGCAAAGAAAAACUGCAAAAAAAUAAACUGAAAGCUGAUUGGCUGACUGGGACACCGCACCCCACCUGGUUUGCAUAACACCUUUCCUCCAGACGGUCGCUCUGGGAGUGUCCUUCCCGGUAGAGCAGAACAGGUUGGGCAAGACAACCGCAAGGGAGCUGCAAAACGUGACACGGAUCUCUUCAUUCUGGUCCAGCAGAAGGCUUGACUGAAUGGGUCGGAGGGCGGGUUCGGUCCGGUAGUUUGACCAGCGUCCUGAUCAGCUGGGUGUGUGUUGAUUGGAGGAGAUCCAGAUACUUGUAGAACCAAAACGUCACGUCCUGCCAGCCAAUGGAGCCUUUCAAAGGUUUCUGCCUUCACCGGAGCAUCCCCGUGGAGAACGACGAGUCGAUGUCGAUGGCGUCAGGCCUGGAGGCCGCCUGGCUGCCCUCCUGCCAGCGGUGUAAUGAUGACGACGCCCCCAGGGCCAGGCCCCGCCUCCCCGGGGACCCGCGGCCCCGCCCCCAGGGGUCCCAGGUGCACCACAGGGUGCGGGGUCCCCCGAGCUGGGAGGACCAGCAUGGGGGUUCAUCCAGACUGUGGCCCCAAGAGAGCUCUGUGGAGGAGCCCCGGAGCCUGGACCCUCCCCUCCCCCUGGUGUCGGACCCCUUCCCCCCCCGCCACGGAACGGCAGUUGGUGCUCCAAUGAACGGGGGGUGCGCAUGCCAGAAGCCAGCCCAUAAUAACCACGUCGACAACCACCACCAACACCCUCAGCACCGGCCCCCGCCGGGCGACGGCCCCGCCAGACGGAUGGCGCCCCCUGGUGGUGGGAUGGGGGAGGUCAGCGUCAUGACGUCAUACCCCGCGGGGCUGCCGCAGGGGGACCGGACCCAGGAGAUCAGACGGACCAUCAGCCUGCCGGAGGAGUGCAGGAACGUCUUCAUAACCUACUCCAUAGACACUGCCAGGGACAUGAUUCCCUUCAGCAAGUUCCUCUCUGACCAGGGAUUCAAACCUGCGAUCGAUAUCUUUGAUAAUCCGGUCAGAAGGAUGGACAUCACCAGGUGGAUGGACAGCUACCUGAACAAUAAAUCGGUGUUGAUCAUCGUGGUCAUUAGCCCAAAAUACAAGGAGGACGUGGAGGGGGAAGGGGACGACGAGCACGGCCUCCACACCAAGUACAUCCACAGCCAGAUCCAGAAUGAGUUCAUCAGACAAGGCUCGCUGAACUUCAGACUGGUCCCGGUCCUCUUCCCCUCCGCCAUCAAGAAUAAGCAUGUCCCCAGCUGGCUGCUGAACACCCGGGUCUACCGAUGGCCUCAGGACACACAGGACCUCCUGCUACGCCUCCUCCGGGAGGAGCGCUACGUCACCCCCACCCUGGCCCGGGACCUCACCCUCACUGUCAGACCUCUCUGACCUCUGACCCCACCCCCCUGACCUAACCCUCACUGUCAGACCUCUCUGACCCCACCCCUCCGACCACACCUCCCAUAAC